AUGGCAAGUGAAGACACGACCACCCCUUACGGAUGGGGCGGCACACAAACGCAUUAUUCAUCUGCCGAUCCCGUCACUCUCAGACCAACGGGAUAUAACUCAAGUGGCACUCAAGACGAAGGCCUUCCAACCGACCCUGUCUCGUCGAUCUUUUACUGGUCAGUGAACACUACCAACAUGAUGUUUGUUGACAGGGUAACAUUCGACCAUGUUUCAUGGUACGGUACGAAUGUCAAAGCUCGAUCGCAGAUUGAUAAAGUUGCAGAGGGAUGUACUAAGUUUAGAGAUCCAAAUGGGACUUGUUAUGUGGCUUCUACGCAGUUUUAUUCGGGCAAAGACGAAGAAUGGGCAAUUUCACAAGACAUCUUGAAGGCCUACCGAAACGUCGUUGUUGAAUCCCAAAAUCAAAGAUCAGAUGAGGAAGAGGAUAUCAGUCGAUAUUUCCGGACUCAACAGGUCGCUCAAACUACCUUACAAGAUAUUCGACGAAUUGAAGGUCAACUCGAACAGACCAAGUGUACGCCCAAGCUUGCUAAUGGAUUUUUAGUCUUGGGUAGUACGAUUGAUCCCAUGAGAAGCGGUAGUUCAUGGAUAGGAACAUCUGCAGAAGGAGAGAUCACCGAUUUCAAGGUAUUGGUAUCUCCAGAUGAAUCUAAUGGAUUAUUCUACAAUCAUAAGAAAAGUGUACUGGAUAAGUUGGGAAGUGCUUAUUGGAGUAGGAAGGUGUCUAACGAUCUACCUAGUUGGCCUGAGGCUUGUGGGCUGGCGGAGGGGUAUAGUGGAUGUGAAGUCAUCAAAGUCUGGCAUAAGACUCUGGAGGAGAUGCAGGCUCUGGAGAGAGUGCAACUUGCCGGACCGAUGGAUGAUAACGAUGGAACACCAGGAGGAAUUUCAAAGUCAGCGAAAGAUGCUUGGGAUUGGUGA